AUGAAAUUCCAAGAUUCCCAAUCCCAACCUGAAGAUUCUCCCUCUACAGAUAAUGAUAAUCCCGAACUCAAAAAAAUUAGCAUUGAUAAGCAACCUUCCAAUGGCAUUAAAUACACGCCCAGGCUAAAAAAAGAAAAAAUUCCUCAGAUGAUUGACGAAGUCCUAAGCAACUUAAACCCUGAUGUUUUAAAAAAUAAAUCUUUAUCACUUUGUGGAACUAGCGAACAAUCUUCUACUGAAUUAUCCUUCGAUAAUGAUAAGCCAAUCCAAAUUGGACGUGAAACUCUCUUUACUUCAACUUUACUUAAUUCUGCUUUAGCCAAGAAAAAUAAAUCACAAAAGCCAAAAUAUUCAGAUGCAUUGUUUAAUGGUAAUCCCAAGCCAAAAAAUAUCCCAAAGAAGACAGCAUUAAAUCCUUUUUCGAAUAUAAGAAAAAGCACAAAAAAGUUUGAGAGACCUAAGCUAACUGUUACAACUAAUUCUGGGUAUGAUCCAAAAGAUAUUUUGAAAGAAAUGCUAGUUAAAAGAGCUAGAAUGAAAAAUGAGCCCAUAGUUAACACUUGGGGUGGCUUGAAUGAAUGGUAUGAGGUUGAUGAAAAUUCUAGUAAGAACCAGAAGAGAAAAAAUCAGGCAAAUGGAAAAAAUGUGUGAGAAGAGACAAUUUGGUGGGAAGUUAAUGGACACAAAAAACUUAAAACUUCUGUAAGUGAAGAUGAUAUGAAAUAA